AUGUCGCAGCCGGCAGAGUCACAGUCGAUAGAGCUGGCAGAAUGGGCACGACCCUGGCUCUCUGGUGUUUUGCCCACACGAAGGGUAGAACAAAUCCCAUCUGGAAGUCCACAUCCACAAUCUCAGAAUUCUUCUCUUCACCCGCCAAAUGAUUCUUCAAGCUUAAUAAGCUCACCAUCAUUUGUUUCCAUGACUUCAAAUGACACCGCGCGUGUCAUCAAACGCCCAGAUAUACACCUUGUUAUCACCCUUGGGAAGGAACGGACUGUUAGCAGAGCCCUGAGAGGCGUUCAUCUAUUUAUGAUCACAGUCAAUGCAACUCUCGGUACAGGCCUCUACUGGCGUGGGGGUCAGAUUCUUGAACUUGGCGGACCGUUGGCGGUGGUUCUAUCGUUUAUCUUCAUUGGAGUGUUAACAUGGGGCGUCAUGCAAUGUAUCACUGAAAUGCUCUGUAUUUGGCCAAUACCUGGUGCAUUGUCAGUAUAUGUUAGCCAGUUUGUCGACGAAGAACUAGGGAUCGCGGUCGGUGUUACAUAUUGGUUUGUCUAUUCGAUGUCUUUCUCCACACUGGUGGCAACCUCCGCUGCGGAGUUCACUUUUUGGGAUUACUUUCAUGAUAGUCCGGUCAUACAGGGCUGCAUUAUCUAUUUUGGGAUCCCACUGGUGCUGGUUUUCAUCAAUGCCGUAAGAAUUGAGAUCUAUGGUUGGUUGGAAGUAGCAACAGGCAGUAUCAAAAUACUAUUUCUUGGCGUUAUCAUCGUGACAUUGAUUGCAAUCAACCUUGGAGCGAUAGCUACCGUCCCAUACAUUGCUUACCAUAUUGAAGUACUAAUACCAUCAGAUUGGGCUUCGCCUACCGAAUUCGAUACUCGGGCGGCCAAUAACUGGGGCACUGCUUUCCUCAUGAGCAUCUCGAUAGCAACCUUUGCCUACACCGGAGUUGAAGUUGUUGCUGCCUCCGCCCUGGAGGCAAAAUGGCCACAACCCGCUGACGAAACGUCGAAAAUCCGGUCUAACAACGCCCAUAUCGGGAAAUCAUUCAAGUUUUCUGCUAGGUUCAUUCCUGUACUUGCAAUGAUUGGCUAUACCAUCAGUGGGUUGGUCGCAACAUUUGAUAUAGAGCGGAGUAGUUGCGCUCUCCCUCGGCUCAGCUGGCUUUCACUGGAUGUUGAGGCCGGCUGCACCAGUCCUUCAAACAGUGCUGCAUUCGUUGCAAUUGCCAAUAUGUCCAAUAUUCCGCACUUGGCAGACGUGUUCAAUGCAUUCCUCGUGUUCACGUGUCUCUCUUGUGCUGCUACCAAUCUGUAUGUCGCCUCUCGAACCUUGUUUGGUUUAACAAGUCGUCUGGAUGUAGGUGACGGCCAAAGAUGGUAUCUGCAUGUCCUUGCGUGGUUUGGCAAAACGGAUAGACGCCAGGUUCCUCUGCGAGCUAUGAUAUUCUCCGCGGUUGCGUUCUGGUGGGUGCCAUUCCUGCAACUCAUCCGCGCAAAUGACAAACCCCAAUCCUCUGCAAAAACAACUGAGUCCUCCUUGAAGGGGACUCGAUCCUCCGUGGAUAUGUUUGUGGAGGUAUUGAGCCAAAUGGCAUACUCUGCGGUUUUAAUCGUCUGGGCGUGCGAGUGUCUGGCGUUUAUUCGCUUCUACCAUUGCAUUUAUCAACAUCGUCAUCAUCUCAAACGCGAAGCUAUUCCCCACAUCCAGCGCUGGAACGAGGAGGAUCCUGAUGAGUAUCCAUACCGCAGUCAUAGACAGCCACUGACAGCAUAUCUAUCCUUGUUGGGCUGCAUCUUUGUCUCAUUAGUCGCAAACGGGGCUGCAUUGUGGAAUGGGUUCCAUCUUUUACCAUUCCUCGCAUCGUACCUGACGGUCAUUGUUUUCGUGGGUCUGUGGGUACUGCUGAAGAUUAUGCGGGGCGCGAAGUGGUCCUUGGUUGAUCUCUCACAGCCUGACAAAGUCGCCAAGAUAUUCAAGCACCUGAAUGAUAUUCGCCUGGGUGUGACCCAGUCUUAA